AUCUUCUACAAGCAAGGAUGUUUGAACAGAAGAACGAUGAACUUCCUGAGAUCGAGGGACGGGGCGAGGAAAAUGUCGGCUAACAAGCUGCAUUGUCUCGAUACAAAAGUCAUCUAAAAUAUGAGAGGUAUGAGACAGUGGAUCGACUUUUUUUUAAAUGCGAGGAAGAUAUCCGUAUCUUCUUAACCACGCCGAGUCUUUUCCUUCGAGGCUAAGCAAGAAGCUAAGGAUUAUAUUAUUCAUAUACAAGAUGAGCGAGGGCGAGACUGACACCACCUGUCUAGACUCGCAGAGUGACGAGUAUUUGGAUAUAGAGGACAUUGAUGAUGGCGACGGCGACGUUGACGGUGACGUUGACGGUGACGUUGACGGUGACGACAUCGACGACGAAGAUCUGACCAACAAAUCCGUUGGCGAAGCCGGUGGCAAAUCUUCAUCCUUCCCCCAACGCCGAAUGCUGAGGACGCCAAAGUGUGCUCGUUGUCGUAAUCACGGUGUCGUGUCGUGUCUGAAGGGGCACAAGCGUUACUGCAGAUGGCGGGACUGCCAGUGCUCCAACUGCCUCCUGGUGGUGGAGCGACAACGAAUAAUGGCGGCACAAGUAGCUCUACGAAGGCAUCAGGCCACGGAGAUGACGGGACAGAUGAAGGCCAAGGUGAAGAGUGCCGCCUCUCUGCUGCAGCAGCGGAAACUCCUGCAGAGGAACCUCCGGAGUCUGCAGCAGCACUCCCUGUCCCGCGACAUCCUCACCAGUUACCGUGCCCGACUACACGCACUUCCCCAACCGGAGUCCCUCCGUACCAUGGUACCCUAUAUGAACGAGAGGAUGAGGAAGAGGAGGUGCUUCGCUGACAAGGAGUUAGAGCUUGUCAUGCUGGAAAGAGAGAGACAGGCAGAAAUCGUAAAGAGUCGUGAAGCAGGGGAGACAACCCCCAUCCGGAAUAUAGAGCUGUCCAAAUCACGUCUUCUCGUAGGCAAUAUGACGCCACGAGAGUUUCUUCAGAGAAUUUUCCCAACUCACAAUCCCAAUGUGCUGGAGUUGGUUUGGCAAGGCUGCGGUGGUGAUCUUGAACGGGCAAUAGAACAGUUGGCCUCUGGAUUAAAAUCAGAGGCUCUUGCUCCAGUUAGGCAGCAUCAAGCUCUAGCGGCGAAAAUGAUGCCAUAUCAGUUUCCUGUGCCAAUGAUAGGAUUAAAAGCUCCCCCUCCAGAACUAAUUCCUAACGUCCAUAUGCAGAACUCUCUAUGUGCAAUGAACUUCCCACCAUGGGCGCUUCAAAUGAAUAUGGCGGCUGGUGUGUUCCCAGCAUGCCCCACAGUACAGAUGCACACGGCACAAAGUUCGGGCCGGAAGUCAGAGACGAACCACGUGGACAUGAGGAAAGCUAUAAGUACAGAAGAUUUGAUUGCUCGACGAUCUGCCUUUCAGUCCCUACUCCCAACUCCGUCUCAGUCCUGUGUGUCCUCGGACUCUGUUUCCGUCCUCAGUGACAGUAGUUCCCCCAGUCCCCACAGUCCUCACAGUCCACAUAGCCCACACAGUCCGGCCUCAUCAAGUGACGAGGCGGGGGAUGUGUACACGAAGAUAGUGAAAGCGGCGCCUCUGAAAUUCUCGGUGGAAUCUAUAAUAGGAAAAUGACGUGCUGAGGACCCCGUUGUCCUGCGGUUGUGAUAAAUGAUGGUCUGCAUGUUGGAUAGAUCUGAGAGACCACAACUUUUUGCCCAAGUGGAUACUAUAUCCGACCAAUGCAAUUGUCCCUUAUAACAACAAUCCUACAAUCAAUAAGCUGAAAAGUAAUGUUUUCUGGACGAAUUCUAAGAGUUAGAUUAUUCUUCAUCAAAUAUCAGAACAGAUUGUUAAUCCAUUGCAGCUCGUGAUUUCUUUAUUUUUAUUGCAUGAAUAAAACAAUCCAUUACAAUUGUGUAACACAUCCGUUAAUCUGUCUCUAUUGUCAAAACAUCAGUACGGACAUUUUUUGGAAGAUAUGAAAGACAUCGACAGCACACAGCCAUUUAGUGCCUCCCGUCGACAUUUCAAAGCGUGUUUAGUGUACAUAUAUGUUUCUGUUGUAUAUAUCUUGCCUUGUGUACAUGCGUCAGUUUUAUCUUGCAUAAAAAGUUACCUUGAACAGAUUCGUCAAUGUUCUC